ACCAAAUACAAAAUACAAUCGUAAAGAGACCCCAAUAAUGGCAUUCACUUCUUCUCCUUGGCAUGGUUCCCAAAACGCAGCGUUUUGGCGCACGCUUUUCAUAUUACACUGUAUCUCUACACUAGUCUUCACUACGAUCUCAACACCACCCGAAGAUCCUGUCAAAUGUGUGUCGGGAAACACGAAUUGUACCGUCACCAACUCGUACGGAGUCUUCCCAGACCGUUCCACGUGUCGAGCCGCCAAUGUGACAUACCCAACAUCUGAAGCCGAGCUUGUCUCUGUAGUUGCUGCAGCUACUCAAGCCGGACAGAAAAUGCGUGUAACCACUCGAUAUUCCCAUAGCAUCACUAAGCUCGUGUGUACCGAUGGAACUGACGGUUUGUUCAUAAGCACAAAGUUUCUAAACGAUACCGUGAGAGUCGAUGCAGAUGCCAUGACUUUGACGGUUGAGAGCGGCGUGACACUUAGGCAACUCAUUGCUAAAGCGGCUAAGGUUGGAUUAGCGCUGCCUUAUGCACCGUAUUGGUGGGGACUGACCGUGGGUGGUAUGAUGGGGACUGGUGCUCACGGAAGCUCAUUGUGGGGUAAUGGUAGUGCGGUCCAUGAUUAUGUGACCGAGAUCAGGAUGGUUAGUCCUGGUUCGGCCAAUGAUGGGUUUGCAAAGGUUAGAGUUUUAAGUGAGAUUACAACUCCUAACGAGUUUAACGCGGCUAAGGUUUCUCUUGGCGUUCUUGGCGUUAUCUCUCAGGUGACUUUUAAAUUGCAACCAAUGUUCAAGAGAUCUUUAAGAUAUGUUAUGAGAAACGAUUCAGAUUUCGGAGAUCAAGCCAUAACAUUUGGGAAGAAACAUGAGUUUUCAGAUUUCAUAUGGUUACCAAGCCAAGGCAAAGUGGUUUACCGAAUGGACGACCGGGUAGCGGUCAACACGUCGGGCAAUGGUUUGUUCGAUUUUUUACCGUUCCGUUCGCAACUCUCUGCGGCAUUAGCCAUCAUUAGAUCUUCAGAGGAGACACAAGAGAGGUUCAGAGAUGGGAAUGGGAAGUGUGCGGGAGCCACAUUAAUUUCGUCUACACUGUUUGCUACAGCAUUCGGUCUGACCAAUAAUGGCAUUAUAUUUACCGGUUAUCCGGUUAUUGGAAGUCAAAACCGUAUGAUGUCGUCAGGAUCAUGCCUAGACAGUCUUCAAGAUGGAUUGAUCACAGCGUGUCCAUGGGACUCACGUAUAAAAAGCGAAUUCUUUCACCAAACAACGUUCAGUGUGCCGCUCACGCAAGUCAAAAGUUUCAUCAAUGACAUCAAAUCUCUUGUCAAGAUUAAUUCUAAAUCUCUAUGCGGACUUGAGCUCUACUAUGGUAUUCUUAUGCGUUAUGUCACAUCAUCUCCAGCUUUUCUUGGGAAAGAAACCGAAGCUUUAGAUUUUGACCUAACUUAUUACCGAGCCAAAAACCCGUUAACUCCGCGACUUUAUGAAGAUUUCAUCGAAGAAAUUGAGCAAAUUGCGUUGUUCAAGUAUAAUGCAUUGCCACAUUGGGGUAAAAACAGAAACUUAGCAUUUGAUGGGGUGAUAAGAAAGUAUAAGAACGCACCCGCGUUCUUGAAAGUAAAAGAAGCCUACGAUCCAACUGGUUUAUUCUCGAGUGAAUGGACAGAUCAGAUCCUAGGAAUCAAAGGAAACGCGACGAUAGUAAAAGAUGGAUGUGCAUUGGAAGGAUUGUGUAUAUGUUCGAAGGAUGCUCAUUGUGCUCCAGCCAAAGGAUAUUUGUGUCGACCAGGAAAAGUCUACAAAGAAGCUAGGGUCUGUACACGUCUUGAUGAUGACAUAAGUGUGAUUCAACCAUUACGUUACUAACCUUAUUGCUUCUUAUAUAUAUCAGAUAUUGCUAGUAGUAAAAAAUAAAUAUAUAUAUAUAUAUACACCUAUCCUCUUCAAUGUGUGGUUGAUACUUAUCCUGGCGAGUGAAUUCAGUUAUACGUUUCCACUAUCCUCGCAGAUGAGAAAUGGCACGCGACCUGCCUUGAGCGAGAUCAGACUCGCAGGAGCAACAAAAGAAGACUAACAUUAGUGUUUUACUGUUUUUUUAAUUUCUCUUUUACUUUUAUAAUAUGUCAAAGAAAAGAAAAUGUCAAAGUCAACGUACAGUCAAGGUGGCGUAAUCUUAAACCUUUUUUUUA